AUGAUCACCAGCCAAGUCCAGCUAAUUACAUUGGCCUUGCUAAGUUUUUUCCUACUUGAUUUAGCUCUCUAUGUCGAUGCGACUUGUUAUGCUCAGUCUUGUAGCAGUUAUGCAUCCGGAUGUUCAACAAAUCCAAAUUGUGUUUGCUUCCAAUUAGCUAAUGGAACGGGAAUGUGUGCAGGACAAACGUCAACAAGCAGUUUUCGUGGAUGUACUUCUGAUUUAAAAUGUGUAGACAAUAGCACUGUCUGUGUAAUAAACAGUUGUUUUGGACAGCCGCUGUGUUACCCGCUAUCGUAUGCAGACUACAGUGUAUGUCCGCCAUCUGCUUCUACGUCGUCGAUGGGUAGUACUCAGUCAACAACGUCAUAUAGACAAUCAGGUGGUGAUGGUCAGGGCAACGGUGGUCUGGCCAGUGGACUAUCAGGAGCCGCUGGAGCAAGUGUCGGCGUAGAACUUGGAGUAGGCGCUACAGUCGGAAUAGUAGCCGCAGUUGUUGUGGUUGUGGUGGUGGUCGUCAUUAUCAUAGUUUUACUCUUCAUAAUCUUUAAACCUUGCUAA